AUGACUCCUCAAUUAGAAAUCCAGCCCAAGGAUCCAAAACAGGUCCUUACGGAGGAGAAAUAUGAAGACUGCACAGCCUGCAGGGUCACUGGAUCUGCGGCAUUCGUCGGUCUCGGUAUCUACAGCUACUACAGCGGCAUGAACAACCUUCGGAAACAAGAGAAGAUCAUUAUGCAAAGCGCUACGAAAUACAAGAUGGCUUCACGCCAGCUGGGAAUCGCUACCAUUUCGGCGAGCUUGAUCUGCGUGGGUGUUUGGCGUGCAUUCAACUGA